AUGUCGGUAGAAAGAACACCACCACGUCCGCAAAGUAUGGAACGCGGCAAUGAGCCCGUUAACAUAUGCUCCAUAUGUUCAGAAUCGUUGCAAGACGAUCAGAAUUGCGUUAUUAUUCAAGGAUGUUCACAUAUAUUUCACAAAGUUUGUUUAGAAACAGCUUUGACAUCCUCAAUGACAUGUCCAUUAUUUACCGAUUCACCCAAAUUAACUUCUGGGUCGAAAAAUUAUCCCAAUGCUUCGUCACAUAAACCAUUCAAGGCUCGUGGUAGAGGUGGUAAAGUAUAUAAUACUCGAAUAAAUGCUGAAUCUGAACCAACGAGAAAUCAUAGUGCUGCUCAAGCCACGAAUGUAGUUGACUAUAACUAUAUUAAUCAAAUGAUAGAAACUACGAUGACACGUCUGCUUAGUUCUUUAAAUAUAUUAGCUUUAGGUGAACGUCAUGCUACUUCUAAUGACAGAACAAGCG